GCAAUACACAACGACAAGUGCUAUCGGUUCUCUAACAACAGCCUGUCACACAAGGAAGCCUCUAUGGCCUGUGCCAACAUGAAGGGGAAGCUGGUGGACAUCCACGACGCUACCGACCAGCAGAUACUUCUCAGCUAUAUCCAGGGGGCUGACUUCAGCUACUGGACAGCUAUAAAAUCCCGGACUCCGGAUCUUUUUCACCCCGAUGGAUCUUCAUUCUCUGUCCUGUCUCCUUGGAUGUCAGACUAUCCGUAUGCCCCGGGGGAUGUAUGUGUGCUGUUGGACAGCUCCAGUGGUUACAGGGGAGAGUUCCACACUUGUGCAGAACAUCAGAACUACAUCUGCGAGUCUGACAUCGACCUAUGUGGCCCGACCGAGUGUCAGAACGGUGGAAACUGCAUCGCAUGUUUCUCGGACUUCAGCAUGUGUAGGUGCCACCCAGGAUACACCGGCGCUUUCUGUGAAAUAGACAUAGACGAGUGCUCAUCUUCUCCUUGUCAAAACGGAGGAACCUGCGUCGAUGGCGUCAAUGCCUUCAGCUGCAACUGCGUCCGUGGAUACACCGGAGUUUUCUGCGAAACUGACAUUGACUGGUGCGACCCGGACCCAUGUCCGUCUGGCUGGAUGUGUGUGGACGGGGUGCCGGGGUUCCACUGUGACGCACCAAUGCGGGUUGGAACCACAUCUACAUUUUGCUCGUCCUUUCCGUGUGGCCCAGGAUGGAUCUGUGCAGAGAAGGACCAGAACGGAUACUCCUGUACCCGCGAAUGAUGCCUGACAACCUGGAAUCCAGUCUACCGUGGAUUGGCCAGGCUACCUUCGGAACAGGAGAGCCUUUCUGUCGCCGGGGUAAUCUUUCACACCCGGUAGGAAUUUUGCACGAUGGGAGUUAACCAUCCACGGGCAAUUCCUACCGCGUGAAAAUGCUACCGGGUAUGAACGAUUCCACCGGCGGCUGAGAGCUGCACUGGCCCCGUAGAGAGCCUGCACUAACUACGGUAGGCCGUGCCACAAGUAGACUGGAUUCCGGGUUAAAGAUUUCAUAGUAGUGCAUGCAUUCAAGCAGCCUUGAGGACAAGCAUCUGAAGAAUUUCGUGUUCUUAGUAAUCAAAAGUUCAAAACCAGGGUUCAAAACCAAUAAGAAAUUUCAGUCUUGCUAAAUUCAUUAAUGCUAGUAACACAAACUUAAUUACAAUUUUGCAAUUAGUCAUUUUGGAAAAAAAAACUUAUGAAGUACAUAAUUCGGUACUUUGAUGACAUUAUGUCUUCAACCUGCAAUGACUUAUAUUACUUAAAAGGAAUUUCUUGAAAAAGAUGGUGAACUGGAUAACCAAAUGUAGAAGUUAAAUAUCACAAUGAGCAAAAAAAGUUCAGUCAUUCUAAACUGCGUUGUUAUGAAGCCAUAAAAUUGCUAAUGUGAUGAACACAGGUAAGUCUCUAAUUAAGUGUAUCUUUCUGACAAAAUUGUGAACCUCAAUAUCCUAUGGACGAAAGUGAUAUGUCUACAAUGUGAGCAUGAACUAUCAAUGCCCAUGUUUUAAAAAGACGACCCUUCAAUUUAAUUUACAACGAAUUUGCAGUUGUUUCCCUUAACAAUCUUGAAUUUAUAUUCUUGUCAACUUGUCAACUUCUUAAUUUUUUCAAAUCAAACAUUUGCGUGAUAAAACAUCAGAAUUGUUUCAUUUUUGUCUUCACAUAUUAUAGAAAUAAAGGUAGAGCAUAUAUAU